GGAAACUGGGGAAGCGGGGGAGCUGAGGGGUAACCAGGGAAGCGUGGGGUACAGGGGCAACCAGGGGAAGAUGGGGAAGGGGGGGUGCAGGGAAGUUUGCGUGGGCCAAGGAUCACCUUGGAAGUCUGGAGCCUGGCAGGAGUGGACAGGGGUGGAGGGGCUGGCUUGGGCAGGGCAGGCGGGCACCUGGGAGCCUGGCGGGGAUGCGGCGACAUCAGUGUGAGCAGUGACAGGCCCAAGCUGGGGGUGCGGAAGGAAGAGGGGGGAGCCAGGCAUUCAUCCCGGUUAAUUCUGGUUUCAGGUCGUGGCGGCUGGUGGACGGGGGAGCUGGAGAGAGGCUCGCCCCCCGGGGCCCGGGCAGUAGAGAUGUAGCUGGCAGCUGUGGGCAGGUGAAGACAGCGCUCUGCUGGGCCAGGUGAGUCCCCUUCCCCUCCCUGGGCCUUGCUCCGCUGGCCUCCUGUACAAGGAGGUUUUGGGGAGCCAGGGCCAGCGAGGUGAAGCGGCUGACCUCCCAGCAGAGCAGGGCGAAGGCAGGGCAGGCAGCACAGGUGACACCGUCUCAGAGGGAGCUGAGACCGGGCGGGCUGGGGGCCGUGGGCUGUCCCAGGUGGAAAGGGCAUUUGCAGAGGGUCGGGUGGGAGAUGGGCAGGGCUGCCAGUGAGGGAGGGGAUCCAGCACAUGUGGGGGCCAUCCAGGCCCGGGGGGGACAGGACGAGGCGGGGGACUCAGGACAGCGGGGUCCCCAGCCGCCACUUCACCCACUGCAUUUCAUUUAGGAGCAGGUACAGGAGCGGCUCUGGCCGGGCCUCCCCAGGCCUGAGCUGGAGCCUCGAGGGCCGGAGAAUGGGCAAGAAGGCAGGCGCAGUGUGGAUAUCACCUGGGGGAGCGGGGCCGCAGGGACAGGGCCCCAGGGAGAUUUCUGCAGCAAGGAGGCUGCCGUGGGCCCAGCCUGCGGACCGCCGUUCCCAUGCGGCACUGUGACCCGGGGGCAGUGCUGGAGGCUUGGUGACACUUGGUGACACUUGGCCCUUACUGCUCACCCCCGGGACGGGCACGGUCGACAGGACAGCACCCAGGGGAGUCAAGGGCACUGGUGAGACCAGACUAGGCGAGGCGGGCAGGGUGGCGUGAAUGCGAGCUCCGGGGGGCGGGAGGUCGGGGCACAGGCAGGGACAAGGAGCCGGAGCCGGGUGGCGAGCCGGGGGCACUGGCCUCCGAGCCCGUGGCCAAGGCGGGCCUCUGCGGGCGGUGACAGAGCAGGGAUCGGUGCCUCCGCGCUUGGACCGGAGACGAGGCCACGUCUCCAGUGGGGCGGACGUGCCCGCCAGCCAUGGAGGCCGGGCGCCAGGGUGUGCGCAGAGGGACAGGACACGGUCCGGUGUGACGGCGAGGACAGACAGGCUGUCCGGCCUCCCUGAACAUGCUCGGCUGGCCCCGCGGGGGAGCUGGAACCCCCAGCAGCUCCGUUCCUUUACCUUCCUGAAGGAGCAAAUACGCCACUGGUGCUCUCUGGACCCCCAGAACCCUCAAGAGGACAAGAAAUGGUGCUACCCAGCUCAUGCCUGGGCCUCGGAACCCGGACUUCUUCAAGUCUUUCUAGCUCUGACGCGAGAAUAUGCUGCCUUCUGGAACCACGACUCACCUUGACUCAGGAAUCAGCUCUGGAAGGUUGAGCUAAAGGAACAGACGACCCGCACCAUCGGAAGAGCGGCACCCGCGGCGACACCCACCCCCACCCGGUGACUCCAUCCUGCGGCCACCCCCUGCCACGGCCCGGAGACCACCACCCGCCUCCCUCCCUCCUCUUCAUCCUUUCCUCUGUCUUUUUUCCCUCUCUUCUCUCCUCUGUCCUUUGCUCAGAAGACCCGGAGCGCCCAGAACCCCGUCUCCCCGUCCCUCCUGAAUUAAUUUGCACUAAGUCGUUUGCACUGGUUUGGGGUUCUGGAAGCAGCCCUGGGUCUCUGAGCGCGUGUGCAAGUGAUUGUGCGCGUGUGCUGCUGAGUGGGCGGCCUCCUUGGCCUGCGCCCCGCCCCAGCGCCCACCUGUCAACCGUCUCUGUCUGGGGGCGUCUGGGUUGGGGCCGAGUGUGUGGGGCCCCGCCCUCCCCUCGCUUAGUCUGGACGCUCUGAACACCGGGAGCAAACCUCGAACAUUCCAUUGUGUCCAUCUCGCUCAGUGUCCCUCCCCACCAGGGCCUCCCCAGAAGCCCUGGACUGCAUCAAUAAACACAGUUACAGGAA